AGGAUAAUGCUAAAACCUACGUUAUAAAGUUGUUAAGUGGCUCGUUUAUCCUUUUGUUUAAAUAUGGCCGGAAAUUUCUGGCAAAGUUCGCACCAUCAGCAGUGGAUCCUAGAUAAACAGGAUCUAAUUAGAGAAAGACAAUACGAUUUGUCCGUUUUAAGUGAGGAAGAAUAUCAGAAGAUCUUCAUUUUCUUUGCUAGCGUUAUUCAAACGUUAGGAGAGCAACUAAAGCUGAGGCAGCAAGUUAUAGCAACCGCAACAGUUUAUUUUAAAAGGUUUUAUGCCAGGAAUUCGUUGAAAUGUAUCGAUCCGCUGUUAUUAGCCCCCACAUGUAUAUUUUUGGCUUCAAAAGUAGAAGAAUUUGGAGUCAUUUCUAAUACAAGACUGAUCACUACUUGCCAGACAGUCAUCAAAAAUAAGUUUGGGUAUGCUUACACUCAGGAAUUUCCAUAUAGAGCAAACCAUAUACUUGAAUGUGAAUUUUAUUUGCUUGAAAAUUUGGAUUGUUGCUUGAUAGUUUAUCAACCUUAUAGACCCUUGCUGCAGCUGGUACAAGAUAUUGGCCAUGAAGAGCAACUCUUAACUUUAGCUUGGAGAAUAGUUAAUGAUUCACUGAGAACAGAUGUCUGCUUACUGUAUCCCCCAUACCAAAUUGCGAUUGGGUGCUUACAAAUUGCUUGUGUGAUUUUACAAAAAGAUCACAAAUCAUGGUUUGCAGAACUGAACGUAGACAUAGAAAAAAUUCAAGAAAUUGCUAGGUAUAUUAUUAAUUUGUUUGAAUUAUGGAAAACCUAUGAUGAGAAGAAGGAAAUUCAGGGACUGUUAGGAAAAAUGCCUAAGCCAAAACCUGCACUGCAGAGAUAA